GAUACAGACGUGUUUUUAUAUCUAACACAGCAGUAUUGUUUUGGAUUUCUUUGAGUUGAAAAGUUUAUGAGUUAUUAUUCGGAUUUUAUAGUAAACUCAUUAGUUUCGACUUGAAUUAAAAGUUGAUUGAAGUUUGCAAAACGCCUUGUUAGCAUUCUGUUUUAUAAGAAAUUGUUUAUUAGUGCAUGUAUGUGGUAUUCAAUCCGUCUGUUGACAAUUGGAUUUAUUUAAAAGCUGUAGUUUUUGUUUGCACAAGAAAUAAAGUUAAAACUGAAGAAGAAGAUAUGGCGGUUUGUUUCUUUUUCCUGAAGAGAAGAAUCCAUUAUCUACCAAUUUUAACAGCAUUUUUUAUAAUCGGCUCGCUCUUUAUAACAUAUGGCGUGUCAGUCAGUCAAGGUCAUGUGGAGCCAGAUUUUCCUUAUAUCAGUUAUACUGCUAUCAAGGUACCAGAAAGAUGUAUAUUUGCUCAGUUGAUAAAUAUUGGUUCUACAUUGUUGGCAUUUAAUGUCUACAUACGAUAUCUAACAAUGAGGGCAAUGCUGACAGCAACCAGGCGAUUGACGUCUGAUCGGAAAUGGAAUAUCGCAACACUCAUAAUGGGAUUUUUGUCAGCGCUUGGUCUGAGUAUGGUGGCCAACUUUCAGACUGUGGAUAUAAAACCAGCUCAUUAUGUGGGUGCUGGCCUGGCUUUUAUAUUGGGCACCUGUUACUGUUGGGUUCAAUCUUGGUUGUCAUGGAAAUUACGACGCCCUUUAAAUAAUACUCUAGUUGCCAACCUACAGAUUGUCAACAGUGUCUUCUUAACGUGCUUCCUAAUAAUAUUUAUUAUCUCUAAAGCUGUAUAUAAAUUAAGUGAAAUACACGGCCUUGGUACAAAACACGACACAUUAAGGGUACCAUAUCUAGUAUCUACAGCAACAGAAUGGUUAACAGCAGGCUCCAUAGUGACAUUUGUGUUGACCUUUAUCCCAGACUUCCGGAAGUCGAUUCUGCGCGGUCCUGUUGUUGAGUUACCACAAGAAAUCAUGUCGAAGAUAAACAGCUCGACAUCCAUAAGUACCGCUUCCACGAGUCCCAGUUUAUCUUCUAAUAUACUAGCCAGACAUACAUUAACCAACGAAUUCAAUCACAAAGAUCUCAAAGGUUUGUCAGCCGUCACAGAAAAUUUAUUACCUGCUGUCACAGAUGCCUCAAACCCCAGAAGUUUUAGUGGACAUGACGAUGGUGUGGUUUGA